AUGGAGAAAAAAGCUGGGAAACAAAAGAAGAGAAGUGUUGAAUGGAAUGACGUCUCUACGACAAAGAGGUCAAAGCGAGCAGCAGCAUGUAUAGACUUCAAGGAGAAACGGAUCCGUAUCUCUCAGAAAUCUGCAACUGCUAAAACAAAGAAACAUCAGAUUGUGGAGGAAGAGAUCACGGCGAUAAAGUUAACUACUUCUUUAGAGAGCAAUGGUGAUCAACCUCGUCCAAACCGGAGGUUAACUGAAUUCAUUUUACAUGAUUCAAAUGGAGUUCCUCAGCCCGUGGAGAUGUUGGAGCUUGAUGACAUUUUUAUUGAAGGUGUUAUCUUACCUUUAGACGAGGACAACGAUAAAGAGAGGGGUGUGAAGUGUCAAUCUUUUGGCCGAGUAGAGAACUGGACUAUAUCUGGUUAUGACGAUGGUUCCCCGGUGAUAUGGAUCUCAACCGAUUUAGCAGAUUACGAUUGCCUUAAACCUGCUACCAGCUACAAGAAGAUGUAUAAUUAUUUCUUCGAGAAAGCUUUUGCUUGUGUGGCUGUGUAUAAGAACUUUUCCAAGAAUCCGGAUACAAGCCUUGAUGAGCUACUUGCAGCGGUUGUUGGGUCAAUGAACGGACGCGAGAUCUUUUCCAGCAGUGCAGCCAUCCAAGAUUUUGUAAGAUACCAAGGAGAAUUCAUAUAUAACCAACUUAUUGGUUUGGAUGAGACAGCCCAGAAACAUGAAACAAGCUUUGCUGAGAAUCAUGUUCUUGUUUCUCUGAGAUGUGAAAGUAGUAUACAUCAAAAGGGUUUGUCUGAUGUGGCUUUGAGGAUUGAUGAGAGAAAGGGCAUGACAUCUGAUCAAUUGGUGGAUAGUGAUAAUGGAAAGGACGACGUUGACGUUAAGUAUGCUAAACUACUACAAGAUGAAAAGUAUAGGAAAUUAAUGCAGCAGCGGAGACGUAAGCCCAGGUCAAAUUUUGUUUCAAAUAGUUUUUACAUUAAGAUCAAUGAAGAAGAGAGCACCAAAGAAGAAGUAGAUGAGGUUCAACGUUACGACCUUGGCUAUGAGGUUGACACACAUGACCUACCUUGCAAAAUACUUCACAAUUGGGCUCUUUAUAACUCUAAUUCACAGUUUAUACAACUAGAGCUACUUCCCAUGCAGCCUUGUGGUGAUAUUGACGUCAACACGUUUGGGUUGGGUGUGGUGGAUGAAGAAGAUAAUGUUAUAGGGUUUGGUUUCGAUGAUUCGGAGAGCUCUACGCAGUCACAUGAUCCUAAUCGGCUGCAAAUUUUCCUUAGCCAUGUAAAGGAAUGGCAUAUUGAGUUUGGGGCACAUAUGGUCUCCAUGUCAUUACGAACAGAUAAUGCCUGUUAUAAAUUUGGGAAACCGUCAAAUCAGUAUGCUCCUUGCUUUGAACCUGUACUGAAAAAAGCAAGGGUUGGACAAAGAAUUUUGAGUUUGGUCAGGAAUGAGACAAGAGCUGCUAAGCUUUCAUAUGCAGAUAUCUUAAAACAACUUUGUGGGUUAGAGAAGAACGAUAAAGCUUAUAUUUCUUCUCAUCUCUUGGAUGUUGAGAAAUAUGUGGUUGUCCAUGGACAAAUUCUGUUGCAGUUUUUUACACAAUAUCUUGACAAGGAUAUCCAAAGGUGUCCGUUUGUUCUUGGUCUUACAAGUAAAAUGCAGGAUAGCCACCACACAAGAUGGCACAUCAAGAAGAAGAAAAUUUUGCAAAAAAGAGAGAAUAUGAAUCCAAGGGCAAAAAUGGCACAUGUGGUCUCCAAGAUGAAAGCCAUGCCAGCAACAACAACUCGGCUUAUCAGUAGAAUUUGGGGCGAGUUUUACUCCAUUUACUCUCCAGAGGUUGGAGACGAGGACUCUGUACCAAAAGCUGUUGAGGUUCGAAUGUAUCAUCCUCCUAAGCAAAUUAGAGGUAGUGUUGGGGAAAUGGAGAUAAGAUGGGAAGGUGAGAUCCUUGGAGAAACUUGUGCUGGUGAGCCUCUCUAUGGACAAGCCUUUGUUGGAGGUGUACAGGUGGCUAUUGGUGGUGCUGUCAUCUUGGAAGUUGAUGAUCAAGAUGAAAAUUCAGCAAUCUAUUUAGUGGAGUACAUGUUCGAGAGGAAAGAUCACUGCAAAUUUCUCCAUGGGAAACUCUUACAAAGAGGAUCCGAGACUGUUCUAGAGUCAGCUGCUAACGAGAGGGAACUGUUCUUGACUAAUGAAUGCCUUACUGUUCAGCUCAAGGAUAUAAAAAGAACAAUCAGUUUCGAGAUUCGGUCAAGACCAUGGGGGCAUCAGUAUAGGAAAGAGGACAUGGCUGCAGAUAAGCUUGACAGGGUAAGAGAAGAAGAAAGAAAAGCUAAAGAUUUGCCAAUUGAAUACUACUGUAAAAGCUUGUACUCACCUGAGAGAGGAGGAUUCUUUAGUCUUCCAAGAAACGAUAUGGGUCUUGGUUCUGGAUUCUGCAGUUCAUGUAAGAUAAGGGAGGAUGAGGAGGAAAGGUCAAAAGUUAAACUCAAUGUUUCAAUGUUCAGAUUUCUCUCCAAUGGGAUCGAGUACUCUCUAGACGAUUUUGUUUAUGUUAUCCCCGAAUACAUAACGAAAGAUGGAUCAAUGAAGGGGAAAAGAAGGAAAAAUUUCAAGUGUGGACGAAAUAUUGGGUUAAAGGCUUUUAUAGUCGGCCAGUUACUCGACAUUCAUGUCCUAAAAGAGCCCCAAAAAGGUAAUACAGCUUCCUUUCAAGUUAAAGUGAGGGGGUUUUAUAUGCCUGAGGACAUUUCUGUAGAGAAUGCAUAUAAAUCAGACAUCCAAGAGCUUUAUUAUAGCCAAGACAUAUAUGUUCUCCCCCGAGAGGCUAUAAAUGGAAAAUGUGAAGUAAGGAAGAAAUAUGAUAUGCCCUUAUGCCAUGAAUUGUAUAUAUCAGACCAUAUUUUCUUCUGUGAACUUUUCUAUGACUCCUCUAAUGGUAGUUUCAAGCAGUUGCCUUCCAGUAUGAAGCUGAAUUUCUCUACUAUUAAAAACAAAAAUAUCCUACAAGAAAAGAAACAAAAAGGAGUGGAGAGUGAAACUGACUCUGAGAUGUUUGUAAAGCCUGAUGUGGUACCUGAAGAGAUGCGUCUAGCUACACUAGAUAUUUUUGCAGGAUGUGGUGGCAUGUCUCAUGGACUAGAAAAGGCUGGUGUAUCUGAGACAAAGUGGGCGAUCGAGUAUGAAGAGCCAGCUGGAAAAGCUUUUAAACAAAAUCAUCCCAAAGCAAAGGUUUUUGUUGAAAACUGCAAUGUCAUACUUAGGGCUAUAAUGGAGAAAUGUGGAGAUCUAGAUGAUUGUAUCUCUGCUGAGGAGGCAAUGGAGAUUAAACUUAAUGAAAACCAGAAAAGUACUCUUCCAAUUCCUGGUCAAGUUGAUUUCAUCAAUGGAGGCCCUCCAUGCCAAGGAUUUUCUCUUAUGAACAGGUUUAGUAGCAGCACUUGGAGUAAAGUCCAGUGUGAAAUGAUCUUAGCAUUCUUGUCAUACGCUGAUUAUUUCCGGCCAAAAUACUUUCUUCUAGAAAAUGUGAAGAACUUUGUGACAUUCAACAAAGGAACUACAUUUAAGCUUACCCUGGCUUCUCUUCUUGAGAUGGGUUACCAGGUAAGAUUUGGGAUCUUGGAGGCUGGUGCAUAUGGAAUAUCCCAACCUCGUAAAAGAGCUUUCAUUUGGGCAGGUGCACCUAACGAAGUUCUUCCAGAAUGGCCAGAGCCAAUGCACGUCUUUAACAAUCCCGGUUUUAAGAUCCCAUUGUCUCGAGGUUUACAUUAUGCUGCUGUGGAGACUACUAAAUUUGGUGCACCUUUCCGCUCAAUCACGGUGAGGGACGCGAUUGGAGAUCUUCCCAAAGUAGAAGACGGAGAAUCCAAGAUUUAUAGAAAGUAUAAAGGUGUUGAUUCAUCAGUCUCAUGGUUCCAAAAGAAGAUGAGAGGAAACAUGGAUGAUCUUACUGAUCAUAUAUGUAAAGGGAUGAAUGAACUAAACCUCAUUCGAUGUAAGAAAAUCCCAAAGAGGCCAGGUGCUGAUUGGCAUGACCUGCCCGACGAAAACGUGAGGUUAUCAAAUGGGGUCGUGAAAAAAUUGAUUCCUUUUGGUAUAUCAAACAAAGCUGAUGAACACAACGGUUUUAAGGGACUCUAUGGUAGAUUGACCUGGCAAGGCAACUUACCCACUUCCAUCACCGAUCCUCAGCCCAUGUGUUUUGUGGGAAUGUGCUUCCAUCCUGACCAGGACAGAAUCAUCACUGUCCGUGAAUGCGCUCGAUCUCAGGGAUUUCCGGAUAGCUUUACAUUUUCAGGGAGGAUAAAAGACAAACAUAGGCAGAUUGGGAAUGCAGUCCCUCCACCAUUGGCAUAUGCUCUCGGUCGGAAGCUUAAAGAAGCACUACAUCUCAAGUCCUCUCGUCAACACGAAUCCUAA